GAUUAGAGUAUUAGAGCUAACAAAUAUAUAAAUAAUUUUAAACUGUUUUCAAAUUUUAUUAUUACCUUUUGUGCUGUUUAGCUGGCGGAUUAGUGAAAUAAAAUUGGUCAACGAAUUGAAAUUUGCCAAAGAAGAAGAAGAAGUCUGAUUCAAGAUUGAACCUGAAACCUGACUAUCUGCAGAUCCACAUCGUCCCAUUGUUAUGGAAACCCUGACUAAAAACAUCGAUAAUUCAGAUGAGAAAAAUUCUAUUACCACUAUGAACCGACACGAAAUAACUCCUGAGAAUCGUGCGUCUGUUUUGGCAACCUUAAUGGAAGAUGAUACGGACUCUGAGAAUUCGAACAACAUCUUUAAAACUUCAGAACUUACUCCCGAUGAUCGUGCGUCUACUUUCUCUAAGCCACCUGCAGAUCGACAUCGUCCCAUUGUUAUGGAAACCCUGACUAAAAACAUCGAUAAUUCAGAUGAGAAAAAUUCUAUUACCGCUAUGAACCAACACGAAAUAACUCCUGAGAAUCGUGCGUCUGUUUUGGCAACUUUAAUGGAAGAUGAUACGGACUCUGAGAAUUCGAACAACAUCUUUAAAACUUCAGAACUUACUCCCGAUGAUCGUGCGUCUACUUUCUCUAAGUCACCUGCAGAUUCACAUCGUCCUAUUGUUGUGGAAACCCUGACUAAAAACAUCAAUGAUUUAGAUGUGCAAAAUUCUAUUACCACUAUGAACCGACACGAAAUAACUCCUGAGAAUCGUGCGUCUGUUUUGGCAACCUUAAUGGAAGAUGAUACGGACUCUGAGAAUUCGAACAACAUCUUUAAAACUUCAACUUCAAAUUUGGAGCAUUCUAGCAACAUCUUUAAAUUAUCCCAUUACGACGAUUGCAAACUAGAACGUUCUGCUUUAGGAAGGAGUUUAAUUUAUAGUUGCGAUUCGAGCACUCAGUCUUUGAAGAGCUCUGAAAAAAACAAAAAUAUCCCUGAUGUUAACAGCACUGUUGUCUCUAACCCAUCUGCAGAUCCACAUCGUCCCAUUGUUAUUGAAACCCUGACUAACAACAUCGAUAAUUCAGAUGAAAAAUAUUCUAUUACCACUAUGAUCCGACACGAAAUAAGUCCUGAGAAUCGUGCGUCUGUUUUGGCAGCCUUAAUGAAAGGUGAUACAGAUUCAGACACCUCAGACAAAAUCUCAAAAUCAUCAGAACUAAUUCCCGAGAAUAAAGAUGAUACAGACUCGAAGUGUUCUAGUAAAACCUUUAAGUUAUCCGAUAACGAGGAUCACAAACUAGAACGUUCCGUUUCAGUAAGGACAUUAAAUUACAACUGCGAUUCGGACACUGAAUCUUUGAAGAGCUCUGAAGGAAGCUCUUUGGCCCUUCAAACAUUCUUGGAUACACAACGAUCAGAAAGAUUCCAAUGCUCCAAUGUUUCAGUGGAGACUAUAGCUGAUAAAGAAUGCUCCGCUUCGAAUUCACAACCCUUGGGGGAUCCUUCGAAAGAAGGCAAUAUUGAUAUCUGCAAAAAAACUACUGAGUGUUGUGUAUCCACUUUGGCAGAUUUAUUGGAAGAUGACAGAUAUUCUGAAAGUAGCACUAAAUCAUCAGGUGAAGAUGAAGAGAAGCAGCUAAAAUAUUCCGACUCAGUGACAAUUGUUAUAAUUGAUGACACUGAAAGCAGCGAUACAGAUUUAGAAUCGCCGAACAGAUAUGAAACAUCUAUAACUUAUCCCAUUGAGAUUUCAUAUGCAGAGAGCUCUUUGACCUCUCAAUCCACAUCGGAUUCACAGCAAUGCCAACAUAUCUCAGAGGACUCUUGCACUUCCGAAGCAUUAUCGACCGAAAACGAGGAUAAAGUAAGUGUAAUGCUUUGA